AUGGAACGAAGGCGUCCAGCGAAGCAGCAGCAGCAGCAGCAGUGUCGACGGGUGUUGAUUAGCGGUUGCAGCAGCAGCAGGCUGUUGCUAAUUGCCGCUAUCGCGUCGCUCUGCGUUGCCAUGGCGAUGAUGCCGACGAUGGUCGACGCAGUCCGCUGCCCGGACAAGUGCUUCUGCCAGCAGCGGACGGUGCGCUGUAUCAAGCAGCAACUCGAUAAGGUCCCGGAAAUGCCGCCCGAUACGAGCAUCAUCGACCUGCGCUAUAACCACAUCCGCGAAGUGCCAACCGGUGCCUUCGAAGGACUGCAGCAUCUGCACACGAUUUUCCUGAACGAGAACCAGCUGACACGGGUGCACUCCGGUGCGUUUCGGGAGCUGCCGGCGCUCAAGUACCUCUACCUGAACCGCAACCGCAUCGCAACCAUCGCACCGGAUGCAUUCACGGCACUGAACCGUCUGCACAGCAUGUACCUACACUUCAACAAUCUGAGCGCGCUGCAACCACAAACCUUCACCAGUAUGCCAUCGCUGGAGCGGCUGUAUUUGCACGGCAACCAAAUUAAGCACCUACCGGAGGGCAGCUUCGAGGGGUUGCCGUCGCUGCACCGGCUCCGGCUGGACGAUAAUGCGCUGGAAUGCGACUGCUCGUUGCUGUGGUUCGUGCGGACGAUGCAGCACCCGAACCGGAAGGCCCUGGUGGCCGGGGCCACCUGCGCCACGCCGCCCACCCUCGAAGGGCAACCAAUUAGCGCGAUCACGGAGGACGAUUUUCACUGCGCCAAGCCGGAAAUCAGCACCGAGCCGAAGGACAUCGAGGUCGGCUACGGUCAGACGGCCAUCUUUAGCUGCAAGGCAACGGGUGACCCGCGGCCAGACAUUGCGUGGCUGGCGGACGAGCAGCCGAUCCGGGCGGAGUCGGCCGACGGGCGGACCACGUUCCUGCCCGACGGCUCGCUCCGGAUCGACGAGGUCGUACCGUCCGACGCCGGCCGGUAUCGGUGCGUGGCCCGGAAUGCGCUGGGCAGCACGAGGUCCCGCUCGGCCCGCCUGACCGUCAACAACGAGGUGGUGGAGAGUGAGGCCGAAGCUCCCAAGUUCCUGCGAACACCUGCUGACCAGCGCGAGCUGCUCGAGGGCGAUCCCAUCGUCCUGGACUGUGUCGUCACUGGUGCUCCCACGCCGAGCAUCAUGUGGAAGUUCAAUGGCGAAGGCAUCCAGAACGGACGCAUCAAGCUGUUCGGCAACGGGUCGCUCAUCCUGCCGGCGUCGACGCUGGACGACAACGGCGUCUACACCUGCUGCGCCGGAAACGCUCUCGGCAACGUUUCGGUCAACGUGACGGUCGUAGUGAACGCCCGCCCACCGGUGACAUCAUCGGGCGGUCCGUCGCCAACAGCGCCAUCAUCGACGUCAUCCAUCGCUUCCGGUGGAGCCACGUCCAGUCCGCGACCACCAAACGGUGCUACGCCGCUGCCGAAGCCAUCACCGAACGCAAGGAUCAUCGCCACCGGAUCGACGCCCACCGAUUCCGGAUCCGGUCGGCACUCCGCUCCCCCCAGGAUAGUGCUCGGACCGGAAAACCAAAACGUUAACAUCGGUUCAACGCUGACGCUGGAAUGUGAAGCCGACGGGAACCCGCUGCCGCACAUCUGGUGGAAAAAGGACGGUCUAGCGGUGAACGAGUCCGGCCAGAUCUACUUCAGCGACGAUGCGAUCGAGCUUACCAUCGACCACGUCCAGGAGUCCGAUGCAGGCACGUACGUUUGUGUGGCCGAGAACGAGCUGGGCAUCGCCGAGCUGGAAGCCGAAGUGGUCGUCAUCAACGUGGGUCCGCCCCGGUUCCUGUUCGAACCGUACGACCUGGACGCAAUCGAAGGCACCACCAUCGAGAUGCCGUGUAAGGCGGAGAACGACGAUAUCCUGCAGAUCAAAUGGCAAAAGGAUGGCCGGACCAUAACCCCGAAGGACAAGUAUCGUUUAUCGGCGGCCGGCAGUUUGUUCGUGUCCAACGUCACGCAAACGGACGAGGGUCGGUACGAGUGCUCGCUGGUGAACAAGUAUGGCCGUGCGACCGCCAGCGGCCGACUGACGGUGAAGAAGAAGUCGGAAGCCCUGCCGGGAGACCAGUACGUGCGGAUCGCGAUUGCGGAAGCAUCGCGCGAGGUGGAUAUGGCCAUUAAUCAAACCAUCGGGCGCCUGUUUGGGUCACCGGCGAACGGUACCCGCUACCAUGGCGAUCUGUUCCGCAUCGUGCGCUUCCCGAGCGGCCCGGCCCGCGAGAUUGCCCGGGCGGCCGAGGUGUACGAGCGGGCCCUGGCCAUCGUCCGGCGGCACAUCGGGAGCGGAGCCAACCUGACGACCAACACGAGCGACUUCCGCUAUCAGGACUUCCUGUCGCCCGAGUACCUCGAUCUGCUGGAGCAACUGUCCGGCUGCAUGGCGCACCGUAUCACACCGAACUGCUCGGACCUGUGCUUCCACGCCAAGUAUCGUUCGCUGGACGGGACCUGCAACAACUACCAGCACCCGACGUGGGGCUCCUCGCUGACCGGUUUCGGCCGGCUACUGCCGCCGGUCUACGAGAACGGAUUCAACAGUCCGAUCGGUUGGAACCGGUCCACCCUGUACAAUGGGUUCCGCAAGCCGAGUGCCCGGCUCGUAUCGACCAGCCUGAUAUCGACCGAGCGUAUCACGCCGGACGAGCGCAUCACGCACAUGGUGAUGCAGUGGGGCCAGUUUCUUGACCACGAUCUCGACCACGCGAUCCCCUCGGUCACGUCCGAAAGCUGGGACGGAGUGGACUGCAAGAAGACGUGCGAGUACGCGGCGCCCUGCUACCCGAUCGACAUCCCGCCGGGCGAUCCGCGCAUCCGCAACCGGCGCUGUAUCGACUUUGUCCGCUCGAGCGCCAUCUGCGGGUCGGGCAUGACGUCGAUCUUCUUCGGCAGUGUGCAGCCACGGGAACAGAUCAACCAGUUGACGGCGUUCAUCGAUGCGUCGCAGGUGUACGGCUACACGGAAACGUUUGGCCAGGAACUACGCAACCUGACCACCGAGGAGGGUUUACUGCGCGAUGGGCCUCGCUUUCCGCAGCAGAAGCCGCUGCUUCCGUUCUCCGCCCCAACGGACGGGAUGGAUUGUCGGCGGGAUCUGGACGAGAGCCAGAUCAACUGCUUUACGGCCGGGGACAUUCGCGUGAACGAGCAGCUGGGCCUGACGGCGAUGCACACGGUGUGGAUGCGGGAACACAAUCGGCUGGCGGGUGAGCUGCACCGCAUCAACCCGCACUGGGACGGGGACCGGUUGUAUUACGAGAGCCGCAAGAUUGUGGGUGCGAUCAUGCAGCACAUCACCUACGAGCACUGGUUGCCGCUGGUGAUCGGUGACCAGGGCAUGGCGCAGCUCGGGGCGUACGCCGGCUACGAUCCGACGGUGAAUCCAGCGAUCUUGAACGAGUUUGCGACGGCCGCGUUCCGGUUCGGGCACAGUCUCAUCAAUCCGGUCCUGCACCGGCUGAACGCUUCCUACCAACCGAUCACGCAGGGACACUUGCCACUGCACAAGGCGUUCUUCACCCCGUGGCGCCUGAUGUACGAGGGCGGUGUGGAUCCGUUACUGCGCGGACUGUACAGUGUGCCGGCCAAGCUGAAGAAACCGGACCAGAACCUUAACACCGACCUGACGGAGCGCCUGUUCGAGGUGGCCCAUGCCGUUGCGCUCGAUCUGGCUGCGAUCAACAUCCAGCGUUCGCGGGAUCACGCCAUCCCCGGGUACAACGAGUACCGGCGUCAGUGCGGUAUGACGUUGGCCAGCACUUUCGAUGAGCUGGCCGGUGAAAUCUCCGACCCGGUGGUGCGCCGAAAGCUCGAGGAACUGUAUGGGCACCCGAGCAACAUCGAUCUCUGGGUCGGUGGCAUCCUGGAGGAUCAGCUGUCGGGGGCCAAGAUGGGCCCACUGUUUACCUGCAUCCUGGUGCAGCAAUUCCGGGCACUGCGCGAAGGCGAUCGGUUCUGGUACGAGAACGAAGUGUUUAAACCGGAGCAGUUGGCUCAGAUCCGCCGUUCGUCCCUGGGACGAGUGUUGUGUGACAAUGGCGACAACAUUACGACCAUCACGGAGAACGUGUUCGUCCUGCCCGGCAAACAGGCGGGCUACAAGCGGUGCGAGGAGAUCCCGCAGCUCAACCUGGAGCACUGGGUCGACUGUACGGAUUGCUCGCGGCACCACAAGCGCUACGAACGACCGUAUCCACCGCCGGCUGUUACGGUGGCACAGGCCACGGCUCCACGGCGCCGAAGAUCCUUGCCAAGGACCCGCCGAGCGCUACCUGCGAAGGGUGAUGUGCUGGGUGCUGCGGAAAUAAAUGCUAGCCCCAAACCGACACGCUUUGCCCUGAACGAGAACCACCUGAGCGAGCGUGGCCAGGACCUCGACGAGGACGACAACGUCGACGAGGCAGGGCGCUUCGACGACGAUGACAUGAACGAGGAACGGAUCGAAGGGCUGGAGGCGCUGAUCGAGAGUUUUCAGAAGUCAAUGAAACAGAUGCGCCGUAAGGUGCGCCGCCUGGAGCAGCAGUGCUCGGCGGCGGUGGUGGCCGUUGCCGCCGUCAGCGCCGGCACCGGAGCCACGGUCAAUCCGGCCAAGGGCAAACCGCACGGGCACUGCGUCGACAACAAGGGCAUCAAGCGGCUGAACAACGAGAUCUGGAUGCGGGACGAUUGCACCAAGUGUGAGUGCGAGCACCACCAGAUUAGCUGCGAAACGGAGCGCUGUGCGGAGCUGAUCUGCGAGAAUGGGCUGGUGCUGGUGAAGGACCCGGGCAAGUGCUGCCCGGCCUGUAUCGACGCGGCGGAUGAUACCGGAACGGUGGCCACGGUUCCACGGGCAGACGUGAGCCAGUAGGCCAGCACCGACGCAGCCGGCCAAUGGAAUCAAUUAGAACAAACGUGGACAAAGUUCACCGUCUCAGUGACGAUCGUGCUGAAUUGGAUCGUAGCGUGGGUUGUAGGUUGUAUAAAGUGUCCUCGCGAGGGCAACAACGUACAUGCGUACUUCCAGAGUAAAGCAAAAUAGUACUCCUUUGCGUUCGACAUGCAAGUGUGUAGCAAGUGAUAUAAUUUCGAUACGGACCUGGACCUGGAAAUUGACUGCUUGGAGUCGUUUACACCGGAGACCGUUUAGAUUGGUUACACGAUAGAGAAGCCUCUUUGCAGUAGGAAGAAUGAAAAUAUUAGCCACCAUUUCGUUUGCGUUUCCGAAAUGGCGUAGAUCGAUGUUGAAGAGCAGCGAUCGGGAAGUUCCUUGCGCUUGCAACGGUUUGCUGUACUCUUCGGUUUUCUUGUGCCAUAUUUGCACCAUUUGAGUGGGUCGAAGCUCCGGGAAGGGCAUUCGGAGGAGGAGAGUUAGGGCGAUUCUUACAAAACAUAGUCAACCAUUUUUGCCGCCGUUUGCAAACUACCGUUUCUAGCGUAAAUUACCAAUACUUAAGCAUUUCAAUUGCAUGAGCGACGGAGGGCGAGUGUGCCGAAAAUCUGAAACCAACUCUCGUAAAGUAGUCGUAACUCGAACUCGAAACGUGCCAAACAUACAAACCCGAAUCGGACCCGGUACCCGUGGACUUCCCCUAUUGCCGUCCCUCAAAGCGGACCAUAAUCGUAUAGGGGGGGGGCUUUCGCGGCUCUGCCCGCAAUCUGACAACGACUAACUGUGUAAAUACUUUUUUAAACGUUCCAUUUGACCUUUACUAAAAACUGAAACACCCUUAGCUGACUAGUGAACAACAAUAAGUAGACCCCCGAAGGUGGGGUGUGUGUCGGUGUGUAUGUUUAUGCGACAACUGCUCGAGUUCCAGGAAGUGGCUCAAAAGAAGCGAACACAAAAUCCCGUUUCGCUCUAACCAGCCCCGUUCAUGGGAACGGGCAAUCACAGAGUCAGUAAAUAUUAGAGUAAAUUUUAUCGUCGGACUCCAAUCGGGAGCCGAACUGACCCCUUCACGCCCUGAUCGGCCUGCUGACUGUGUGGGCCCGUUUCCGAAGUGUGCGCGAAGCGUCAAAUCAAACCAACUAUGUAAACCACUUUAUGGGAAAUUAAAGAAAAAUAAAAUGA